GCCGGCCGCCUGCCGGGCCCGGCGAGGGCUCAGGGGGAGAGCAAGAACUGGUACUUCUUCAGCCUCGUGAAGCCCAGGAGCGCCCAGGACAGCCGCAAGUGCCGGAUCGUCGGAGGGGGCAAGGGCACAUGGAAGCAAGAGCGAGGGAACGGCGUCGUCGGCGCCGAGGGCCGCGCCGUCGGGCGCCUGGAGAGGUUCACGUACACGCCCAACCCCAAGGAGGACAAGAAGCCGCCGGAGUGGCUCAUGACGGAGUUCAGCGUCGACCAGCACGACGACGGCGGCCAGCCGAGGUCGGUUCUUUGCCUCUGCAAGAUCUACCAGAGCCCGCGCUUCCUCAAGUCCUCCUCCAAGAACUCCGCGUCCGCGCGCAAGAGGAAGUCCGCCGCGGACGAAUCACCCGCCGUCAAGCGGCAGCUCCUGUUUCCGGCGCCCCCUCCCCCACCAAUUCCGUUGCUGCCCGUCCUGUUUCCCCCGCCCCCUCCUCCCGCACCAAAUCUGUCGGCCGAAGACGACGUCUGGGCGCACAUUGGUGCGGACCCGGAAUUGAACUUUAGCUUGGAAGAGUUCACCGCUCCCUGGCCCUGCUCAAUGACGGCAGCGGCGCCGUCUCUGCUAGGAUCCGGCCAUGGAAGUCAGUGCGCUUAACAGAGUUCCUACAUACAGCGGCCAUCUCUGAAGAUGUUCCUCUCCUCUACUUGUUCAGUUACCCAGGGGCUGAUAGUGACUCCUCUCAACGGCUGAGAUCUCACCAACCGCUUUGAUUAAGUCGCUCUAGUUAAACUAGUCAUUACCUUUACUGCUAUUAUGGUUAUUGUUUGCUAAAAUCAAACCCUGGCCAUUAUACUCUACAGCGUAUACUCCAUGACAAUAUAUAUAUCAUUGCUCAAUUUUGGGAGCAAUGUGAUUCUUAAGUUUGAUUUGAUGCUAUGUUGUGUUGUGCAAUGUGAUUCUUAAGUUUGAUUUGA